AUGGCUCAAACCCCCGAACCAUUCCGGGAUUCCCAGCUGCGACUGCAGUUGUCGUCCUUAAACUCAGUUCCUGCUCAGCUGUUGCUACCGCCGCCGACGACGACGACAACGACACCCCCGCGUGCGCAGCCUGAUCUCGACGCGCUCGACCAUAAGCACCCACACGGCCAAUCCCAGCAGCAGCAGCAACAGCGACAACUCCAAGACGAUCACCGCCGCCAUCAACACCACCAGUCCCAUAUUCAGACGGAGCAACACAAGCAGCAACUAGGGGAGCAUAACAGAGGCCCGUGGCCGCUCGCAACCCGGCAAGCUAGCAUUGACACACGCACCAUUGACAGCAGCGGCAGCGAGCUUCGCACUCGGGACCUUCCCGUAGACCCGAAGCUCGGGAUCGAUGGUGUUAUUGUGACUACCGUCAGCACCAGCCCAAGCUACCGCGUGCCAGUUGCAAUCACCACGUCCGACCGUGCUAUUGUACACGGCAUUCGAGGCGAGCCGCAACACCAGCAACAUCAGCAGCCUCAGCAGCUCGCCUCGCCACCGUCGAUUACAGGCACAAGCACUGCCAGUACUGCGGGUACCGGCGUUUUGCCCAACAUGUCCAACACGCAACCGCAACCGCAGCCGCCACCUCAGCCGCAGCCCCGGCCGCCGGUAGCAUAUGCGAGCCCUGCGCCGUAUCCUCCGACUGCCAUACCGCCGGUAUCCCACUACACGUAUCCGCCGCAGCCCCUCUCUGCCGUUGCCGAUCCAUACCGACCGCCGGCUCCAACCACGCUGCCGAGCAUGCGGACCCUGGAGAACCACGGGCAGCCACAGCCGCCGUCACACCACGGAAUUCCCCUAACCGCCCACAUGGCUCCCCCGAUGCCGCCGACUCCUACACCGGGACCCAUGCCUCCGUACUACGGCAUACCUCCUCACCCUGCUCCGCCAUAUUACAGCAUCCCAGACCCCAACUCGAUGCGUUUUUUUGGUCCUGGCCUCGCCCACGACCCGCGUUUCAUAGGAGAUCAAACGGCGCACGAAAACCGGGUGCUUGACCUGCCCUUGCAUCCACGUACGGACCACACCGCAGCCGUCAUGACCAUCGAUGAGAGUUUGGACGGCUUUCAUGUCAGCCAAAAAGGGGAGAUUACAGGCUCCAAGCCUCAGGCCCCAGGUUCCAGCAGAUCCAUGGUUGCCAUCCUUUCCACUACCACUUCCCCUCUCUUGUGUGAUGAAGCCCAUCCAACUUGCAACAACUGCAAAAAAUCCAAACGCGAGUGUCUCGGUUAUGAUCCUAUCUUCAGACAGCAGGGUCAGGCGGCCAUCCAGCCCGCCCCGAGUAACAACAAUAACUCUCAAUCGUCUUCGUCCGCCUCCUCUUCGGCCGCCCCAGCCCCGGCUCCAGCUUCGGCCCCGCCCUCCGCGUCAACCCCUGGUGCUGCUCCUGUUCCCAGCUCUGCUCCCGCUCCCGCCUCCGCCAGCGGUCCGACCCCGGCCCCAGCCCCACCCUGCCCGCCGCUCCCCGCCAACGGCGACUCCAGCUACGCAUAUUCGGCUGCGAUUGACCCAGCCCUCCAUGCUGUUGAUUCGACCAGUGCAGCGAGUUCGCAGGUCUCUCAGGUCUCGCGCUAUCCGCAGCCUAACGCCGGCGCAAACGCGGACGCGAGCGCCGGCCCGAGCCCGGGCUCCGGCACAGAGCAGGGCGCCACUGGCGUUCCCAGCAAUCUGCGAGGUGGCAUCCCAAACCCCCCUUCCAGCCUGUCCGCACUUCCCCAGCCCCAGCCCCAGCCCCAGUCGCGGGAGAGCAUAUCCGCUCAUACGAGUUCCCCAGCAAAGAUAAAGAUGAACAUCCAUGACCUUAUCUCUCUCGCCGGUCCGCUGCCCCAGCCGUCGAGCGCCCCGCCGUCUACGGAAACUAUGGCCGAGAUCAAACGGCUGUACUACGAGGUCUACGUCCCCGGCCUGUCCCGCUUCUUCGAGACGCAGUGGUAUGAUUUCGUCAGCAAUCGCGCGACCGCCUCAAAUCCCGAUGCCAUACUCCAUGGCAACCAGCAUCUGCUCUCUCUGUUCGCUCUGUUUGUAUCGUCCAUCUCCAAGAUUAAAAGCACCGACCCCAUGGAUAUGGCUCAUUCUGCCCACCUGGAGACUCAUCUUAUCUGGUCGCUUGCCUGUCUACCGCUCUUAACUCCGCCGCCCGUGCAGCAGCGGCCCCAUCUAGCCCCUGCGCCUGACGACCCUUGGGAGGCCCGCGGUCGCCUGCAGGUCUUUGAGGCCCUUGUUUCUGGCGAGACCCUAACAAUGAACCCUCUCACCCCGCCGAACCCCCAACGACGCCGAUAUCCGACGCAGAAACGAGCUUGA